UGGCUUCCAUGGACAUCCUGGCACUUCGAGGCUCGGCCCAAGCCGGUUUUUCUCCUUCCCCUCUGCUGGAGUGCAUGACUUCACCUCGUCCUCGUCCUCCAUGGGUGGAAUGGAUUGGAUGGACAGCAUCGGAGGAGGGAUGGGGAAUUUCAAGUCUGUCUCCACCUCUACGCGCGUCAUCAACGGCAAACGCACCACCACCAAGAAGAUCAAAGAAAACGGUCAGGAGAGAACAGAGAUCGAGGAAGACGGGGUCUUGAAGACGGUGCUCAUCAAUGGUGUGGAGGAUGAGUUGGCCUUGGCUCUGGAGCUCAGCAAGAGAGACCACCUGCCCCCUAGCCAACCCUCACAGACGCCCAGGCAACACCUUCAGCAGCAGGCAGAGAGGGCGUUACCUGUGGAGCUCCAGACCCAGACCCAUCCACACCGACCCGGCUCCGGCCCCCGGGCUAUGGCUCAGCGCUCCUUCAGCUCGGCCUCCUACUUCCACUACCCUGACGUCCCCAGGGAGGAAGAGGAGGAGGAUGAAGAUCUCCAGAUGGCCCUGGCCUACAGCCUGUCUGAGAUGGAGGCCCAGCAGAGAGCGUCGGCCGUGGCUUCAGCACCAGACGUCAUCCCAGGUGCUGGGGGUGUGGUGGUGGUAGAGGUUGGGGGUGAGGCGGGGGUUGGGGUGGGGAGAGUGGUCCUAGACCUAGGCCCAGGCCAGUCAACAGCACCAGAGAAGAGGUCAGGGUCAGGGGACAUGUCACCACACAGCAGCCCUUCUCCACUGGAACACAGGGGGCUCCUCAACCAGGAGCAAGGAGCCACUGGGGAGCCGGCUGCUAAAACCACCAGCAGCACCACUGUGAAAAAUAAAAAGUGUGGUUGUAUGGUGUGUUGAGUGUAUGGUGAGUGUGUGUGUGUGUGUGUGUGUGUGUGUGUUGAGUGUGUGUGAGUGUGU